CAGGAAAGUGGAGGAGACGACGAGACGAGCAUGGCAUCCGCUCUGCCACUAACGCGAUCCAUUCUCUUCACCAAUGCUUCUAAUCAUCUGCGGAGUAAUUGCCUCAGAAGCUUCACCUUCUCUGCAUCCUUCUCCUCCUCCUCACCUCUGUCUUCCGAUACCGUUUACCGUAAGAAAUGGAGACAGCCGGUGUCUUCACUCCUUGAGCUCGGUGGCGUCGUAAUUGCCAAAGAUGAUAUUGUGAGGGAUGAUCCUACGAUCAAUGUCCCAGAUAAUAUUUUCAAAACUUGGCAUGCAACUCCACAGAAGAGAUAACCAUCCACUUGGUAUUCUGAAGAAUGGGAUAUACAACUAUUUUGAUACAAAUUACUCAAAUAAGUUCGAUAAGUUUGAUGACCUCAGGCCAAUUGUUUCCGUGAUUCGUGAAGGAGGUAAGCUUCUCGAACUCAUCAAUUGUUAUUAGAGUAACUUAACAUUGAUCUCUCUCUCUCUCCAAACACGUAGUGAAUUUGAAAUGAAAGUGUGCGUGUAUGUGAGAGAGAUAUAACAUCUGAUAGGCAGUGAUUAAGUAUCGAUAUUAUUUGAAAUCUGAAUUAUACACACAUUUUGCUUUUAUAGCAUUGCUGGAAUGCUGACAACACUCAUCCAUCCUUUGUGUUCUUUAAGAGUUCCAAAACAAAUCACCAUAACUUGGCACUUCGGCCAAAAGGACAAGCCAAAAACUCAUAGGUUAAAUGUUCAGGUCUUGAUUGCUACUUAUUCAAGAUAUUAAUAAUAUCCUUUGAAUUUCCUGGCACAACAUGUCAUUAGAUGAAGUGAUAGUCUUAUGGUAUUAUUUAUUAUUUAUGUGUACGUGCAACCACAUUGUAUAAACAUGUCAACCAAGAGAAUGUGUUGUAACUGUGAUGGAAAACAUAGUAAAGAUGUUCUUGGUUUACAACA